AUGGCACAUUAUGUUUUUUCGACACAACUCCUUGGAAAACGGAUUUGCUUGCGUGUACAGCUGCAUUAUCUUGUUGUAAAGUCCAGUCUAUGUGCGGAAACCGGUUCAAAAACGGUACGAGUGUAUCUGCCAAUAUCUUUUGAUAACCUAUUGAGUCCAUUUUAUUCGGGCAAAAAGCUAAUUCGGUCUUUCCAAGCCCGGAAAUCCCAGCCCAGACCAUCAACGAUCCCCCUCCGAACUGUCUCUUCGAAAAAAAUCUCUCUUCUUUCCUCAAAUCUCUCCAAUAAUGUGUAUGUGCAUCACAACCAUCGAGACAAAACCGUUUUUCAUCAGUGA